GUUAGCCACCUCGCGCGACCCGGUCUUCGCCAUUCGAUCCACCUGACACGCGUCUUUCCACGGUUUUAAAACACUUCUUGAAAGCCUCUUUCAACACUGCUCUACCCUCAGUUGUGAUCAGUCUGCCUCGUCACGUCACGUCAGCGUCCUCUGGCUCUCCUGCACCAGCCAGAUUCCCUCCCAGCAACGGCUGCUAUGCGAUGAUUCCUGGGACUAGUACUUUGUACUAGUACCAAGCCUAAGAUUCCUCAGAUACGGCUUUUACAAAUAAGGUUAUUACUUCGCAUCAGGCGGAGUAUCAACGUAGAAACGACUGUUCCUUUUUCAGAUUGGCCUGAGUUCGUCGACCGUCAUCCGAGGCUUGAGGUGGUCGUUAAGAGAGGUGCUUCUGGCAGUCUAACUUAGUCGUUCCAGUAACGUCAGUGCGACACUCAACCGAGCUGUAUAUCCUCGCCAGUUUCAAUCACUCCGCGUAUUGCUGCUAGAUAGUGGGCCUCGUUAGUGGGCCUCCUCGUCCUCUUUCAACUCGCUACCAACUUGGGCUCCCGAACCCAAUCUCUUUGCUUCAAAAACUAGCUACCAGGUGGCGGUUUCCUCGAAGCAGCUGGACGCCUAGACCGCGAGGGAGGCGGAGGUCUCUGACAAACGUUCUGGACAUUUUCAUUCGCCAAGGCUUCUGACUUGUGACACAAUCAAGCGAUGUCAAAUGAAGGGUGGAGGAACCUUCAGGGCACGCUAGGCGGGUCGGCACGGGAGUCAACGAACCACCGCAACGGCGAUGGCGAUGGCGAUGGCGGCGAGGCCAUGCUGCGCGGCAUGAGAGCCAGCGCGGCCAAGAGCAUGCCACAUGCGGGCCAACCAAUUCUCAGCUUCACCUCCGGCUCCCUCUCAGAGGAGUACGAGUUGGGGGAGAAGCUGGGCGAGGGGCACUUUGGCUCCACGUACAGGUGCCGGCACCGGAAAACGGGAGAAGAAUUUGCGGUGAAGCAGAUGAGCAAGACGCGGCUGCUGAUGCUGGGCACGCCCCUGGCGGAGGUGAAGCGCGAGGUGGGCAUCCUGUACCACCUGGCGGGGCAUCCGCACAUCGUGCAGGUGCAGGCGGCGUUUGAGGACUCCAAGAGCGUGGCUAUAGUCAUGGAGUUGUGCCAAGGGGGGGAGCUGUACGACCGCAUUAUUGCCAAGGGGCACUACAGUGAGUGCGAUGCGGCCCGGCUGAUCAGCACGAUGGUGUCCGUAGUGGACUACUGCCACACCAUGAACGUGGUGCACCGCGACCUCAAGCCCGAGAACUUCCUCUUUGCCAACGGCAGCGACGACGCGCCGCUCAAGACCAUCGACUUCGGCCUCUCGCUCUUCUUCACCCCGGGCGAGCCCAUAUCAGCAGGUCUAGCAGGCAGUCCCCUGUAUCUAGCGCCGGAGAUGGUGCGCACCAACGGCUGCCACUACGGGCCUGAGGUGGACGUGUGGAGCGCAGGGGUCAUCCUCUACAUGCUGCUCUGCGGCUACUGCCCCUUCCCCACGGAUCUGCCCACCAUGGACGAGCUGUUCUGCGCCAUCAUGUACGACGAGAUCGACUAUGAGAGCGACCCGUGGCCGUUGAUAUCAGAUGACGCCAAGGAGGUGGUGCAGGGCAUGCUGGACCGCAACCCCACCACGCGGUGGACCGCCAAGCAAGUGCUGGAACACCCGUGGGUGAGCGAAGUGGGGGUGGCGCCAGACACGCCCAUGGACCCGACGGUGGUCACCAGAAUCAAGCGCUAUGCCGCCAUGACGCACAUCAGAAAGCUCGCCUCGCAGGUGGUGGCGCAACAUCUGACGGAGGAGGAGAUCUUGGGGAUGCGCGAGAUCUUCAACCAGAUCGACAUGGACCAAAGUGGGUCGCUGUCCCUCGAUGAGAUGCGGCGGGGGCUGCAGAAGAUGGGCGCCAAGAUGAACGAGGGCGAGCUCCGGGAGCUGUACUCUGCGAUGGACAUCAACGACAGUGACAGCAUUUCUGUGAACGAGUUCUUUGCCGCCACGCUUGGACUCAACCGCAUGAUCAAGGAGGAGAACCUGCACCAGGCUUUUCAAUACUUCGACAAGGACGGCAGCGGGUUUAUUACCAGGGAUGAGCUCAGCCAGGUGUGUGAGGAGUUUGGCAUCGGUCCGGAGAACGUGGAGGAGAUGAUGCAGGAGGUGGACGUCAACAAGGAUGACUGCAUUGACUAUAACGAGUUUGUGACCAUGAUGCAUCGGCACAGCAUCCCGGACCACAUCAAGAGCAGCAGCAUCGGCAAGGACAAGCUGGCUCUACUCAAAGUGCAGAGCUCGCUGGAGAAAGUCCGCCGCUCACCCACCAUCUAGGUACCGGUAGCUUCGGAGGUUUGUUCUCUCUGACCAUGCUGUGCCGCACGGGUGCAUCGGCGGCACAGCAUCUCCAGGCACAUCAACAGCAGCAGCAUCUGCAAGGACAGGCGGGCUGGAAUCUUUGGUUCUCCUUGUCGUGCAGACCCAAGGUGUUGGAUGUAGGAACUUGAAGCUGCAUUUCGAGAGGAGGGUCCGUUUGCUGGUUUUCCCUGUUGAAGCCAAAACCCGAAAAGAAAUUUUCCUGGGGGAAAUGAUGCUGUGUAUUUAUUUGUGCAAACGCUUUGCCCUUGUUCUUUUGUGCUGACUUGUAUACGAGGACUUCUCAAUCAUAU